ACGAAGCUCUUGUCGGAGCAGCAUACAGGUCGCCGUGGUCGGACGUCCGUGUGAGUGUAGCGCAAAAGUCGUCGUCUGCUUGAGCCGGGGAAUCGCCGCCGCGGCUUUGCUCGACAAAGUUUUCCUCAUUUUGACGUUGAAAAGUAGACUUUAGAAUAAUUUGGUGUUCGCGUGCCGGACAGUAGCAGUUCCCGGGAGCAUUUUUGUGGCGGAGCACAGUGAAACGCUGAGAACAAGGCAAAAUGGACCCACGCAAACUGACUGAGCUUCUACGGGCCACCAUUGAUCCCGUUCCCGAACAACGAAAACAGGCAGAGGAACAAUUAACACAGAUUCACAAAAUAAUCGGUUUUGUUCCUACACUUUUGCAAAUUGUCAUGCAAAAUGAUCUGGAUUUACCAGUGCGACAGGCGGGUGCUAUCUACCUCAAAAACUUAAUUACCCAAAACUGGUGGGAUCGCGAAACAGAAGCUGGUGAACCAAUGGUAUAUUCUAUACAUGAACAGGAUCGGGCCAUGAUACGAAAUAGUAUUGUUGAAGCUAUAGUUCACGCCCCUGACUUGAUAAGGCUUCAGCUGGCGGUCUGUGUGUUUCAUAUAAUCAAAUAUGAUUUUCCAGGACGUUGGACUCAGGUAGUGGAUAAAAUUAGUAUAUAUUUACAAAAUUCAGACGUUAAUGCAUGGAACGGAGCUUUAGUUACAAUGUACCAAUUAGUUAAGAAUUAUGAGUAUAAAAAGGCCGACGAUCGAACUCCACUCACCGAAGCUAUGAAUCUUCUAUUACCAUUGCUUUACAACUUGAUGGUGAACUUAAUGGGCGACCCAUCCGAUCAAAGCCUUCUUCUGCAAAAACAAGUUCUAAAAAUCUACUACGCCUUGACUCAGUACUCACUCCCAUUAGAAUUAAUAACGAAAGAGAUGUUCUCGCAAUGGAUGGAGAUAUGCAGGCAAAUCGCUCAUCGGGACGUGCCUGACUCGUCGCAUAUUGAUGAAGACGAGCGGCCCGAAUUGCCUGCAUGGAAAGUGAAAAAAUGGGCCUUACAUAUAAUGGAGCGAAUGUUUGAGAGAUACGGAAGCCCAAAAAAUACGGUCGAAAAGGAAUAUUCGAAAUUCGCGGAGUGGUAUUUGGCGACGUUCACUGCUGGUGUUCUAGAAGUGCUACUUAAAAUCUUGGAUCAAUAUCGUAAUAAGAUCUACGUUUCACCUAGGGUUCUAACUGACACAUUGUCGUAUUUGAAGAAUGCUGUUUCUCAUGCACUAUCUUGGAAACUGAUUGAACCACAUAUAGGUGCUAUCAUUCAAGACGUUAUAUUCCCAAUUAUGUCAUUUACGGAAGCAGAUCAGGAACUUUGGGAUACGGACCCCCAUGAAUACAUCCGUUUAAAGUUCGAUGUUUUUGAAGAUUACGCGACUCCCGUGCCGGCAGCUCAGACCCUGUUGCAUGCCGCAUGUAAAAAACGGAAAGGUGUCUUGCCGAAAGCAAUGGAAGUUAUCAAGCAAGUCAUCACAUCACCAAAUGCAGACGAUAAGCAGAAGGAUGGCGCCCUUCAUAUGACGGGCACACUUGCUGAGAUCUUAGUAAAGAAAAAAGCGUACAGUGAUAAAUUGGAGCCGAUGAUUGUAAAUUAUGUGUUUCCGGAAUUUAAUAAUCCGCAUGGACACAUGCGAGCUCGUGCCUGCUGGGUAUUACAUCAUUUGUGCGAAACUCCACUGAAAAACCCGCAAAUUCUACCGGAAAUUAUGAGACUAACGUCGAAUGCACUUCUGAACGACGACAACCUACCUGUGAAAGUGGAGGCAGCAAUUGCCUUACAAAUAUUCCUAUCAUCCGACGAUAGAACUGCACCCUAUAUUGAGCCGAAAAUUAAGGAAAUUACUGAGGAACUAUUAAAAACCAUUCGUGAGACUGAAAAUGAAGAUUUAACGAACGUUAUGCAGAAAAUAGUUUGUACAUUUGCUGACCAAUUGCAACCCAUUGCCGUGGAUAUUUGUCAACACUUGGCAACGACAUUCAGCCAGGUACUGGAGAGUGAGGAAGGCUCUGACGAGAAGGCAAUAACAGCAAUGGGAUUGCUCAACACCAUAGAAACACUACUGACAGUUAUGGAAGAGCAACCAGCUAUUAUGGAUAGAUUACGACCAAUUGUAAUAAAUGUCGUAGGACACAUAUUCACACAAAACAUAACUGAUUUCUAUGAAGAAACCUUCUCGCUUGUGUUCGAUCUAACUUCAAAAACGAUUUCGCCGGAAAUGUGGCAGAUGUUAGAGUUGAUCUAUCAAGUAUUCAAGAAGGAUGGUCUGGAUUAUUUUGUUGACGUGAUGCCAGCGCUUCAUAAUUAUGUCACAGUAGAUACCAACGCGUUCUUGGCCGACCCGAAUCGAUUAUUAGCUAUAUUCGAUAUGUGUAAAACGGUAAUGACUAGUGAUGCCGGGGACGAUCCAGAAUGCCAUGCAGCUAAACUCCUGGAGGUCAUAAUUCUGCAAUGCAAAGGGCAAAUAGAUACAGUAAUUCCAUUAUUUGUUGAAUUAGUGCUGUCACGCCUCACGCGACAGGUUAAAUCGUCGGAGCUUAGGACAAUGUGUUUACAGGUUGUCAUAGCCGCCCUUUAUUAUAAUCCACAAUUAUUGCUGCAAAUUUUACAAAAUAUGCAAACACAAAUGGGACAGCCAAAUGCCGAACCAAUAAGUUCGCAUUUCAUCAAACAAUGGCUUCACGACACAGACUGCUUUUUAGGUGUUCACGAUCGAAAAAUCUGUGUUUUGGGCCUAUGCACGUUAAUAUCAUUAGGAGAUGCUAAGCCGAAAGUUUUAAGCGAAAUAGCUGCUGAGAUUAUUCCAAAAUUAAUUUUACUUUUCGAUGGCUUGAAGCGUGCUUAUCAUUCGCGUGCACAAGAAGAGGAGGAAGAAGAGACCGAUGAAGAGGAUGAUGACUGUGAAGAGGCGUUAUCAAGUGACGAGGACGCCAUCGACGAUUUCGCGCCGGGCUAUUUAGAACAAAUUGGAGAUUUUGCGAAAAAGAAGGCCGAUGAAGCUGGUUUCGAAAUGAAAGUUGAAUACAAGGAUGACGAAGAAGAUUCUGACUCCGAUGACGAUGAUCUAUCAGACGCAGAUCUAGUAGAAACUGCUUUGGAAAGCUAUACAACACCGAUCGAUAAUGAGGAGGAUCUGGAGAACGCUGUUGAUGAAUACGUCAGCUUUAAGGAAGUAAUGUCCGCUAUAUCCUCACAAGACCAAGCCUGGUAUGCACUUCUCACUAGCAGCCUAACACAAGAACAGGCCAAGUCUCUUCAAGAGAUUAUGGUCACGGCGGAUCAAAAGAAGGCUCAACGAGAAUCAAAAAUCAUCGAAAAGCGCGGUGGCUUCGCUUUCACGCAACAAACAAUUCCCACAUCAUUUAAGUUCGGCUCUUAAUGUUUAAUAGUAUGUUAUUGGUUUUAAUUACUUUUUGUCCUAAAUAUAUUAUAAUUAAUUUCUCUUUAAUUUGAUCAAAUUAAGCAAAAAUGAAAAACAGCUCUACAGCUAUUCAAAACAAAAUAUAUAAAAUUAUUUUAAAUAAAACAAUGUUUUGUAUCGAGUACGGAGGGAAGGCAAUUCGGCAGCACCGAGUUUGCGAAACUGUUGCAUUCUGGCGCUUAGCGGAAUACCGUGGAAGUAUUCUUACCACUGAAUCUUCAUAAUUUCGCUUUCCACCGUCUUAAAAAACCAAACAAUUGAAAAGGCCAUUCUAAAAGCAGUUAAAACUCGAAAUUCAAAUAAUUGUUUCUAGCAUUAGCAAAAUUUCGAUAAUUGUAAAAAAAGAAUAACCGACCAAUAAGAAAGUGGUGAAUAACUGAGAAGAUAGAAGUUGCUUUGUAGCUUCUUUGUUUCAUCUACACACCACACAACUACAUACACUCAUUUUUUUAAUAUUUAUUAUUAAACUUCUUUUUGUAUUACUUUUGCAUAGUACACACUAACGAACGAUUGAAAAUAUUGAACCGGUGGACUACCAACCAUUUUUUUACUCGUUUUCGAACACUUAGAACCCCUGCAAAUGGUAGUUUUGCAGACACGAUCAAUGAAAACAGAUUUAAUGAAAAUUGUAUGUAAUGGCUGAAAGCAAAUUUCAACUUGUGAAAGUAUAAACAGAUAUAUAGAAACAAGUCAUAUUUAUAUUUUGUAACAACCUUACGUGGAAAGAAAAGAAAGAAAAUUAUUACGCUUGCAAAAAGUCCA